UGCGCUGCGCCGAGUGGCGCUGAACUGAACUGCGCUGCGCUGCGACUCCAGUGCAGUCGAGCUGUUCCGAGGCGAGUUGUCGGUCGGUCUCAACAAGUGUCGCUUGUCUCCCGCGAUGGCAGAGUCUCCACAGCGGCGACGCUCCGACUGAAGCCCAGCACACUGGGACGCCCGAGGACGCGGGAGCUCGCGGCGUCGUGACUUCUAUCCAAGGAGAGGAAUUUUGAAUUUUUAAACUUAUUUUUGUGACUCUGAUGGAGUCUUACAGCAUUGGUGGUGUUACGGGCAAUGCCCUACAGACUGGCCACAUGCACCAUGAAUCCUCUAGCCGGCCUCGCAACAAUGCCCCUGGCCGGUAUGGACUCAGCAUCCGUGUCCAGGGCAUCGGUGGCCACCCGUACGUAGUGCUCAACAACCGAGACGGAGGGCCACAGAGCAACGGGCACGGAACCGAUGAAGACUCACGGAGCUCCGAUGCAGACCGUUCUCUCAAGCACAGCUACAGCGCGGACAGCGGGCCGCAUGCAGAAAACCCAUUUGUGGAAUACCACUCGCAGAAACAACUGCAGUUUGGAGGAGCCCACAGCGGCAUGACGGAUUUCAGGGAACCACAGAAGAAACCAUCCACUCUGCUGAACUUCCAGAGGCACCCUGAACUGCUCCGUCCCUAUGACCCUGAAAAGAACUCUUUGGAUCUGGAUGGCUUUCGCAGCCUUCCCGCCCGACCCGUCGCAUCAGCCGAGCCUGGGAAUGUUCACUCCUCGCAGACGUCUCAUAGCCGGUCCUCGAGCCAGGACAAGUCAAGUGUUCCUGAGCCACCUGCACGCCGGGAGAGAACCCCGCAGCAGUCUGAGCCUCAGUCUGAGCCCCAGUCUGAGCCCCAGUCUGAGCCCCAGUCGCAAUCACAGCCCCCUGUAAGUAAGCAGAAAGCACAGACCGAUACUGCAGGAGUGGUCAGGAUUCCCAAAGAGCCAGUUCAGCUGAGCCCAGGCGCAGCUAGCAGCACCAGCUCUAGCCUGGAGCGCCGCCCACGUGUGCCGGAUGUGCUGCCUCUGCGCCGACACGAUUCCAGCGGCCCUGUGCUACAGUCACGCCACUCCAGUCGCUCCUCCACCCCACCGUCAUCCUCUACCAGGACGCUUGCCGAUGACCUGCUGGACACCCCAAGCUCAGACCCAGUCAACCGGCACCAGAACCGGCGCUACAUUCCCUUCAUGCCUGGCACCGGACGUGACAUUGAUACAGGCUCCAUCCCAGGAGUAGAUGAGCUCAUCAGCAAGUUUGACAACAAGGAAGGUCAGCAACGCAGGGGUCGGGCCGGCCGCAGAAACCGGAUUCACCCGGAGGACCGUAAACGGUCUCGCAGUGUGGACAGCGCCUUCUUUGGGCUCAGAGGAGAAGCAGACUACCUGGAGCAGUUCAGCCGCAACCAGGGCCGCUCCACGGAGCACGUGCUUCGCCCCUCACAACUGCUGCUUCCCAGAGGAGCUCAGUACCAUGACCCCCUUAGCCCCAGCAGCACUAUAGAGAGCAAGGUUGGCAGUGGAGCACAGGGGAGCAGUACUCCGGGAUCCCCGCAGGGAACUGUCGUCAGUGGAGCAAACUCCUUCUUGGGGUACAAGAGGAUGGUGAGCAAGUCGUCCACUCUGCCAGCGGAGAGUAAACGAGAGGAAAAACCCAAAGCACUGCGCUCUGUCAAAGUCCUCACUGGUCUUGCGGCAAGUCCUCCGUCUACCUCCGUAAACAGUGGUGGCAAGACCUGCAGUACUGAGAGGAAUGCUCAGGCAACUCCAGAUCUUCUGAAAGGCCAACAAGCGCUUUCACAACAAACUAAUGAAGAGACAGCAAAGCAGAUAUUGUUCAAUUACCUCAAGGAUGGGAGCACUGAUAACGAUGACACCACAAAGAAGAAGGUCAACCUGGUGUUUGAAAAAAUCCAGACCUUGAAGUCCAGGGCAGCUGGGAGUGUCCAAGGGGACAACAAAACUCCUGAUGCGGCCGCCGAGGUGAAAGCUCUACAAGAUCAGAGAAAAGAACUGGAGAAGGAGGUCGCAGAGCUGAGGAAACGGCUGGAGGAGGAGACCAAGAAGCAGGCAAGUCUUGCAGAUGCCCGAGCGAAGGCUGGCAGUGAGAAGAAGGAUCUGCAGAAGGAGCUAACCAAGAGUCAGGAAGAGUGUGCCAGGCUUCAGAAGCAGCUUGCCAAAGUGGAGGAGGAGCUGCACAACACUACAGAAGAGCUCUUUCAGGUGAAGAUGGAGAUGGAGAAGUACCAGACAGAGAUCAGAGACCUUCAAGACCAGCUGUCCGAGAUGCACGACGAGCUGGAUGGAGCCAAGAGAGGAGAGGCUGAACAUGGCGAGAAGGAGGCCAUUUUUGAGGAUAUGAGGCAACUGAAGCUGGACUUUCAGGAUUUGCUGCAGGUGAAGGAGGAGCAGGAGGAGGUACUGCGGAGACGGGAGCGCGAGCUGACUGCCCUCAAAGGGGCCUUAAAGGAGGAGGUGGCCACUCACGACCAGGAAGUGGACACACUGAGGGAGCAGUAUGAGCAGGAGAUCCGCAAACUCCUGGCGUCUCUGGAGGAUGCCAAACAGAGCAACGCCUUGGUAUGUCGGGAGAAGGAGGAGGUGGAGGCGGCACGCGGAGCGGCGGAGAGCAGGGCAGAGAGGCUGGCCCUAGAGACCGAUCGCCUCCGCAGGAGGGCCCAGGAGCUGGAGAAUGAGGUUGCCAAGCUAAACCGCAUCGUUGACGAGGCCAAGCUGCAGGAAAACUGCCUGGCUGAGCGAGUGCGCCACCUAGAGAAGGAAAAUCGACAGCUGGAAGAGUCGCUGGCUGAAGUAAAGGAGCAGGAGGAGGCCAUGUCUCGUGCCAACAGAGCUUUAACCACACGUCUUGAGGAUGUGCAGAGAAACCUGACCAAACUGACUCAGGACCACAAAGAGCUUAAUGAGAGGCUGAAAGAAGAGAGGGUUCAGAAGGAGCAGUUCCAGAGGACCAAGAAUGAGAUUGAGGAUGAGAGGAGGCUGCUGGACCAUACUGUGGAGAAGCUGCAGAAGGAGAUGGGUGAGAUUGUGGAGGCCUCCCAGAACUCCACCCAGGAGCUGCAGGUGCAGAUUGAUGAGUACAAGGAGAAGAACCGCAAGGAGCUGACUGAGCUGCGGAGACAACUGCACGAUCGCAGUGUGGAGCUGGAGAGUUCCCGGAUGGCUGCACGCAAACUGGAGGAAGAGGUAUGUCACAUGGAGGAGGACCUCAGGCAGUGUAAGAAGGAGCGGGAUGAGGCCAUUUUGAGGGAGAAGAGGUUGGACCAGAAGGUCUAUGACCUGGAGGUGGAACUGGAGACUGUGUCCCAUUCCAAGGAUGGAAAACCCCGGCACGUCAAAGUCCUGGAGGACAGGAUCUCCCAGCUGGAGAUGGACCUGGAGGAGGAGCGUAACAGUGCGGACCUGCUGAUGGACCGGAUAGACCAAGGAAGGGAGCAGGUGGAGCAAAUGAGGAGCGAACUCCUGCAGGAACGAGCUGCGAGACAGGACCUCGAGUGCGACAAGAUCGCUUUGGAGAGACAGAAUAAGGAUCUGAAGAGCAGAGUAGCUCAUCUGGAGGGCUCCCAGAAAUCCAACAAGGAGAGCCUGGUCUCACAGCUGGAGUCCAGAAUCCAGGAGCUGGAGGAGAGGCUGGAAGCAGAGGAAAGGGACCGUGCCAACCUUCAGCUGGUGAACCGCAGGCUGGAGAGGAAAGUGAAGGAGAUGAUGAUGCAAGUGGAUGAUGAGCAUCUCUCCCUGCAGGAUCAGAAGGAUCAGCUCAACUUGCGCCUGAAGGCCCUGAAGAGACAGAUGAGCGAGGCAGAGGAAGAGAUUGAACGCCUGGAACACGGGAAGAAGAAGCUGCAGCGGGAGCUGGAGGAACAGACGGAAGCCAACGAACAGCUCCAGGGCCAGCUGAAGGCACUGCGCAACGAGAUGAGGCGCAAGACGGCGUCCGCUGCACCACUGAACGACCUCGUUGACCGCGAUGACGACGACGACGUCAGCACAGACAGAGAGGUCUACUACAGGUCAGCCUCAGGCUACAAGCGCUCCAGCCAGGACACAACUUCGUGACCACUGCUGGCAGAUGCUGGGGAGGGACCCUGAGCCAAAGGACCAGAGGACUGACUGAGCUGAUGAACUCAUGAACAGCCUCGCUGCUUUACUUACUCCUGCAGGGCUGCGGCUCACGGACACGUCAGGGUGGACCAAUAGCAUGUGCCUUGUUGUCUGUGCUUGAAGGUUGUCUAUUAAUUCAGCCUCCUUUGUCGGAUCUCUCAGUUUCAAUAAUAUUUAUGUAAAACGUCAUUAUGACCACAUCCUGUGUUUUGAAUAAUAUGAAGAUAUUUGCUUUCUUAAAACUUUUUGUUUGUCUUUAUUCCUCUGAUUGUGGAACAACUGGAAAUCAUGAAACAUCUAAAAUUACCGCACCUUGAGCUGUUAUAAGUGAAGGAACUGCAAAACGAAGGUGAACAUUUUAAGGGAAAAGCCUGUAAACAUCCUGUUUGCGUACUACAUAUAUAGUUUACUUACUAUGUACAUUUUUUAAAAAAGACUAAAUUGGACCCAGUAUUGAUCUUUGAAUCCCUGAACUGAAAACCUCUUAAAUGUAUGUUAUAUAUUCUGUUUUUAUAAAAGUGUAACGUAGACAGUUAGACAGUACUUCAUGUAAACUGACUUUUAUAUGCUGAAAAAACAUUAAAGUACUGGAUUUGCA